AUGCAAUUCUCUACCGCCGCUGCCGUUGCCACCGUCACUGCCGUUGUCGCUGCCACCAACACCACCACCGUGCACUCCGACUCCACCACUUUGGUGACCAUCACCUCUUGUGAGGAGCACGCCUGCUCUGAGUCCGUCUCCCCAGCUUUGGUCUCCACUGCUACCGUGACCGUCAACGACGUCGUCACCAAGUACACCACCUGGUGCCCAUUGCCAACCACCGCUGCUCCAUCUUCCAGCAACGGUACCAAGACUGAGGCCCCAGCCUCCUCUACCGCUUCCGUCACCUCUUACACUGGUGCUGCCGCCAAGGCUUUGCCAGCUGCUGGUGCUUUGGUUGCCGGUGCUGCCGCUUUGUUGUUGUAA